UUAGAAUAAACAUUUUCCUUGUGAGACACAAAAUGCAAGUUUAAAACGUUCCAAAAACUCUUGAAUUUCUUUAGACUGCAGAAAUAAAUUGAUGUUGUUUAAUUGGAAAAUAUACAUAUCAUGAAAUAAAACCAAAAUACAUUUGUAGCUCAAUUCGCAUGCAAGUGAACGUUGCAGCCACUAGAGGGCGGCAAACACAUGUUUAUGAAAGUGCCAAUCCAACACUAAAAAAGUGGCUCAACAUAAAAUGUCAUGACAAGUAAAAAUUUGAAUUAUAAAUGAAGCUGUUUUAUUAUCUACCUGUCAUGCAUAUGCUUUAUUUCUCAUAUAAACUGUGGUAGAUGGAUAGUACUUUAUUGAAUCCUUCAGGAGAGUUCUUUCAGGAAAAUUAAAAUUCCAACAGCAGUGUACAGAGUUGAGAUCAAUUUAAAAAGUAAAUAAUGGGGGUAUAAAUGGAAACAAAAUAGAAAAAUAUUACAAUAAAAAUAAAAAGCAACAAUGGGAAUACAAAUAUAACUGUAAAAUAAGAAUAUAACAAGAGAAACUAGGCAGUAGUGACCAAGUUAUGAAAAAUAACACCGGUGUUCCAAUUAAUGUAACCGUCUAUUCAUGCAUUUAACACUUUGGGAAACGGUUAGAAGAAAUCCAAGUGGUUAAUCUCGCAGUUAUGUGUGACCAUCACUGUGAUCAUACCAAUGAAGUACACAGUGCCCAAAAUGGAAUAGAUCCAGAAGAAUCCCUUGUCUAGUCUAUUGGCGUAUAUCUGGUUUUUGUCACUCUCCGCCUCCUUGGCCUUCACGUCCUCCAGGAAGUCCACCACUUUCUUAAGCAUCUGAUCGUCCUCUUUGUUGUUCACCUGGAUGACGCUGAUGUCUGCCAAAAGAUGUUGUUAUGGUUCAAAAGGUUCUGUUUUGUGAUAAUCACUAUCUAUAACAACACCACUUACCCUGAUCAGCUUUCUGUUUAGACUUUUUUCCUCCAGGAGUACAACAGAGGAUGAUGCCGCCGUCCUUGGCCACGCGCGUGAACACCAUGGACGCCAGCAUGCUCACCACCAGCAUUAUCAGGCACACACAGAAGUGGUAUUCUGCAGCACAAGCACCACGGCAGCAGGUCGUUGAGGAUGAGGAGGAACAUGGUGAAGCUGAGCACCAGGGUGACUUUGAAGCAGUUGCGCUCGCCGCCUCCCAGUGGCAGGGCAAAGCUAACCAUGUCGACCAAAAUCAGCAGAAUGCUCGGAAGGAGGAGGGUAACGAAGGGGUUUUGUUGUCGGAUUUUCAGUAUCACCUGGAACAUGGAGACGUCAUAAAUUCUUCUGGAUUGUCCAAUAAGGCUUCAGAAGGAAGUAGAGUCAGGAGGAGAAGGGGGACUUUGCCUCAGGACCAGGCUAAACUCUGCAGGACUCAAAUCAGAACUUAUGUGACUUCUAUACAUCUGCACCAACCGCCAGCAUGAGCAGCGACAGGCCGGACGAGGUCAGCGUCGACACUUUCUCCACCACCGUUCACACGGUGGGCGCGGACCACGGCGGCGGACGCCUGCGCUUCAUGCACAAGGACGGCCACUUCCCGGUGGUCUUCCACGAGGUGCCCAGGGACUGGAGCCCGUACUUGACGGACAUCUUCACCACUCUGGUGGAGAUCCGCUGGAGGGUGAUGCUCCUGGUCUUCUCGCUGUCCUACAUCGUCUCCUGGCUCUUUUUCGGCCUGUGCUACUGGCUGAUCGCGGGGAUACACGGCGACGACCAGGCCGCCGCCAAACCCUGCGUGGUGAACGUCUACGAUUUCACCACGGCGUUUCUUUUCUCCAUGGAGACCCAGGCGACCAUCGGUUACGGUUCCAGGGGCAUGACGGAGACCUGCAUGGUGGCGGUGAUCGUGGUGACUGCUCAGGAUGUCUUCAGCUGCCUGCUGGACACCGUCGUCAUCGGCAUCGUCAUCGCGAAAAUGGCGUCGGCUCGUAAGAGGGCUCAGACGGUCGGCUUCAGCAGGUUGGCGGUGGUCAACCUGCGGGACGGCGUGCUGUGUCUGUCCUGGCGCCUCGGGGACUUCAGGGGUAAUCACAUCUUGGACGGGGUGGCCCGGGCUCAGCUGGUGCGAUACUCCAAACAAUCUCAAGGACCCGUGGUGAUAUCAUAUCAAGACCUGGAUAUCCGUAACCGUGAUUUGGUCCUCGCCACGCCCGCCACGGUGGUGCACGAGCUCCACCCAGGCAGCCCGCUGUACACCCUGGCCCCGGAUGACCUCUCAGGGGAGGACUUUGAGCUGGUGGUGUCCUUCACCUACACGGGGGACUCCACGGGCAUGCUCCAUCAGACGCGGACCUCCUACACGCCGGCGGACAUUCACUGGGGGCAACGUUUCCAGGACAUGCUGAAAGUGGGGAAUAAGCACUACAAAGUGGACUACGCCUUAUUUAACGAGACCACCUGGGUGGCGACCCCCUUGCUCAGCGCGGCGCAGUACGACAGGGGGAGGAGUCAGCCGGGCCCCUCGCCCGCCACGCCGGUCAAGAGGGAGCGCCGCUGUACAGAAGAGGUGACCCAGCAAACACACUUUUAGUGGAUAUGUGGAUGUAAAUAUAUUUAUAUAUUGUUAUGCACAGAAUUGUCAAAAUGAAUUGUACGAGUGUAACUUUAAUGCAAUAAAAGUACUUUUCUAUAAAUGGAAGGAAUAAUGACAUCAUUGGCGACAUAAUACCCUCUAAAUGGUUUUCUGCCUUUUUUGGGUUCAGUUUGCUGACCUGCUGUGCCGAUUAAUUUUUAUUUUAACAGCACAUGCAUUACUUUCUUAUAGCAGCUCUACACUGCCAUCGUGUGGUCGCAGUGAACACUGAC